AUGGAUGGCAGAUGGGGAGGCGUGAGAGUGGUGGAGGCAGUUGAGGGUGUGGGAGGAGGAGAUGUUGGGGGAGUGUCGGACUUACUUCUUGACAUUGUUUUGCAGGAUCAGACUAUUGAUAGGUUGCAGUGGCGUCCAAACCCUGACAUAGGCUACACUGUCGGGGGAGCUUAUCAGCUUUUGACUUCUCAUGCUUCUGUUACUUUGGAUGAUGCGGAAAACCUUAUAUGGCACUCUCAGGUUCCUUUGGAGGUUUCCAUCUUUGCGUGCCUUUGCUUGUUAACCAAGCAAACGGAAAUAAAAGAGAGUGACACAAAGAUCACUAACAGCCAUAAUACUGAACAAGUUGGUUCCGUUGAAGAACCUAUAUCAAAUUAUCAAAGCAAGGAAAUAUUUAAUGAGUGCAGGAAAAAUCAUGCUUCAAGCAUUGGGGGCUAUGCUCUUGAUGGUUGUUGCGAGUUUUUACCUGCAGGUGUUGAAGGUACUACUGAUUUUUUUAAAUGUGCGGCUUGUUUUUGUCAUAAAAAUUUUCACCGCAAAGAAACCGUUGCUAGCGAACCGACUCAUUUUCUAUCCAAAAUCACCUACAUUCCUCAGCCAACUCUCAUCUCAACGGUCUUUCAAACUUCGAAUGGUUACCACCAUGUGACUGGACCAUCCAGCGGGACCACAACUGCACAUGCUUUUCCUGCUGUUGUUAUCCAUGAUGGGGCCCACUUUCAUGUUACCGAUCAAAUCAAUGGUGGUGGUACUAGUGGUGGCGGAGAAGGUUCAUUGAGCUCUAAGAAAAGGUUUAGGACUAAAUUUAGUCAUGAACAAAAGGAGCAAAUGUUGGAUUUUGCUGUGAAAAUAGGUUGGAGGAUUAAGAAACAAGAUCAAAAUGUUGUUGAGAUAUUUUGCAACAAGAUUGGGGUCAAGUUUCAAGUGUUUAAGGUUUGGAUGCAAAACAAUAGGCAUACCAUUGGCAAAAAGCCUUAG